UUUAAUCUUAAUAAUGGUCAGUAAAUUAAUUUUUCAUUGCCGCAUUUAGUAAACAACUGCGAACUGCAUAUUGUUAAAUAUAAAUUUAAGAACUUUUGAUCAAUUGUUUUCAUUCUUAAAAUAUUAAAAAAAAAAAAAAUUUAUUACUAAACAAUAAUAAAUUCUCUUUAAAAAUUUUAUUUAGGAGGAAUAAUGGCACCCAAAACCAGAAUAAGUACUUGUACGCAAAUUAGUGUUGCAUUUGGUACAGGAAAACAAUUUCUAGUUUCAGAAUUACCAACCAACAGAGAUGUUAUAAGAUAUGCAAUUUUAUUAAGAGAGGGCUGCGAAGACAAAAAAAAGAAAUUAUCCUGUAAAAGAGAUGGCCAAAGUUAUCCUUCCAGCUUUAUUACACCAGUGGUCGAGUGCAAAUUUGGAAUUUACAUCGCCUAAAUUAAUUACUGAUAAAACAAUUUGUGAUAAAAUAGUGACUUUGUGGAACAACGCUUCAGCAAUAGCUUGUCCAAGAAAAAAAGGAGCUAAAUAAAUAAUAAAAUUUAAAGAAAAACUUGAUAAAUUUUUUGAUAUACUAGUAUGCAAAUGUCUAAUUGUAAAAUGUGAUGAUUUUAUUUGUUCUGAUGAUUGUGAUAAAGAAGUUCAUUGUAAAUGCAAAUGUAUCAAAGAGUACAAAAUACCAUCUAUUGACGUUAAGUUUAUAUAUUUUCAAAGAAUUAAAACUGGAACUGUUAGCAAGUUUCAAAUUGGAUUACCUGAUAGUAUUGAAACCAGGAAACAGUUCAAAAGAUUACUUAGAAAAGAUCGAGAAAAAUAUUUUGAGAAUAAAGACAGCAAUGUUAUUUUAACUAAAAAACAAAAAAUUGAGUCAGAUCAGAUAAACUUUCAAAAAGAAAGUGGUUUUAGUAAUGAAAUAGAAUUAAAUGAUAACAUUGAUGAUAUUACUAAUGUAGAAUUACAUUAGAAUUAAUGAGAAAUCAUUAGGAAAAAAAAGAUGUUACAAUACCUUAGAAAUUUCACACAUAGCUAUGAAUAGCGUAAGAUAUGGGGUAUCUGCACGUGCUACAGCUGCAAUUGCUACAGCAACACUAAUUGAUGCAGGAUUAAUAACAUCUGAUGAUAAAAAGUUAAUUAUUGAUCAUAGUAAAGUUUCGAGAGCGCAAGAAAAAGUUAUCUCUGAUCUUAGUAAGGAUUUUGACAAAAUAGCAAAAAGUGGAGAAGUGAAAUGCAUAUUUUUUGAUGGGAGAAUUGUUCAAACCAAGCAAAUGAUUGAACUUGAUGACUCAAAUGCAAAAUUUCCAGUAACAGUGAAAGAAGAACAUUACUCUGUUUGUAUGGAACCUGGAGGAAAAUAUUUGUUUCACUUUACUCCUGAGAAAGCAACAAAAAGUGUUAAACAUGCAGAGAUUAUAGCAAAUAAAAUUGUUGAAUGGCUGACUGAGAGAGGUAUUGACAAGUCUUUACUGGCUGUUGGUAGAGACUCUACAAAUGUAAACACCGGUUGGGAGGGUGGAGUCAUCAAACAUAUAGAUAUAAAAUUAGGAAAAAAACUUGUUUGGCUUAUAUGUCAACUCCAUACAAAUGAGUUACCACUGAGACAUCUUAUAACCAAUUUAGAUGGUCAAACGAAAUCCAACAAUAAAUGGUCUGGUGUUAUUGGUUCCAUGCUUGAUCAUGCUACAGAUCUAGAUAUAAAUCCAGUAUUUGAAACUAUUAAAAUUGGCAAUCCACUUAUUUCUCUCGAUGAUAAAAUAAUAAAUGACCUGGCUGCAGAUCAAUUUUAUGGUUAUAAAGUUGUUUGUGCCAUUAGAAGUGGUAUUUUACCACCAAAAUUUCAUUUAUUACAAAUUGGGCCUAUUUCACAUUCAAGAUGGUUAACUACUGCUAACAGAAUAUGUAGAAUAUGGAUCUCUAAACAUGGAAUUCAAGGUAAAGAUUUAGAAAAUUUAAGAUCUAUCACCGAGUACAUUGUAGGUGUUUAUUUUCCUUGUUGGUUUAAGAUUAAAGUUGAACAUUCUUGGAUUGAAGGAUCUUGCAGCAACUUAAAUUUCAAAAAGAAGAUGUCAUUAAAAUAGUAUCACCCUCUGUUCAAAGAUCAGCUUGGUUUUGUUUCAGUGAGUGUAUACUACAAACAUUGUUGUGUUCUAAUACUGAAGAGGAUAGAAGUGUAGCUAUAAAUAAGAUAAAAGAUAUUAGAGGUACUGGAAAUGAAGAUCUACAAAAAGGUGAUUUCUCUCCUAGACCAAGAAAAACGCUUGUUCUGAACUUUAAUGCUGAAAAAUUGGCAGAUUUAAUAUUAUGGGAGUCACCGGUUUAUGAACCAGUCUUAACUACCUCUCUAACAACUUCUGAAAUUAAUGUUUUUAUCAAAUCCUAUGCAGGUGCCGAUUUGGCCAUGUCAUGAACAAUCUGUUGAACUUUGCGUAAAGCAAGUUACAGAAGCUUCAAGUAGAGUGUACACUCAUGAAAAGAGAGAAGGAUUUGUCCGAACUCAAGAGGCGAGUAGUUAGUUAAUGCCUAAAAAUAAUAGUAAGCAAGACCUUGAAAGUUUGACACAAAUGUUUUUGUAUUAAAUUUAUAAUAUUUAUUGAAAUAAUUCGGGUUUUUUUUUUU